CACGUAGCUCAGGUCCGCUGCUCUUCCCGCGGCGCCUAGUGCUCUCAGUUCGUCGCAGCAGCCCCACAGUGCAACAGCCAACAUGCCGAUGUUCGUGGUGAACACCAACGUGCCCCGCGCCUCCGUGCCGGACGGGCUCCUGUCCGAGCUCACCCAGCAGCUGGCGCAGGCCACGGGCAAGCCGGCGCAGUACAUCGCAGUGCACGUGGUCCCGGACCAGCUCAUGGCGUUCAGCGGCUCCAGCGAGCCGUGCGCGCUCUGCAGUCUGCACAGCAUCGGCAAAAUAGGCGCCGCGCAGAACCGCACCUACAGCAAGCUGCUUUGCGGCCUGCUGGCCGAGCGCCUGCGGAUCAGCCCAGACAGGAUCUACAUCAACUACUACGACAUGAGUGCGGCCAACGUGGGCUGGAACGGCUCUACCUUCGCCUGAGGACCGCCCUAGCUUUGCCGCUGCCCUGCACCCUUCAUCAGCAGUGUCCCUGCCCACUGUCCGCCCCCGCUCCCAAAUCGGGAGAAAUAAAACGGUUCAGAGACCACAA